UUUGGCAUUGGAUCCGAACAACCAGUUUCUAGGGUUUCCAAUCUCCGAUCACCACCAAUCCCCAAAUACAUGGCGAUGGCUGCUCUCAGACGAGAAGGGAGGCGUUUCGCCCCUUUGAUCUCUCCCCAUCCGAUGGCCGCCGUCCGAUCCUCCAUCAUCCCAGCCGAGGAGCAGGUACCUUUGGGAGUGCGCUCAAUUUCAACUCAAAUUGUUAGAAACCGGAUGAAGAGUGUGAAGAAUAUCCAGAAAAUCACAAAGGCUAUGAAGAUGGUUGCAGCCUCAAAGCUCCGAGCAAUUCAAGUUAAAGCUGAAAAUUCUCGUGGCCUGUGGCAGCCUUUCACAGCACUUCUUGGCGACACUCCCAGCGUCAGCGUUAAGAAGGAUGUUAUUGUUACCAUCUCUUCAGACAAAGGUUUAUGUGGUGGAAUUAACUCUACCUCAGUCAAGAUAAGCAAGGCCUUGCACAAGUUGAACGCUGGUCCUGAAAAAGAGACAAAAUAUGUCAUUUUGGGGGAAAAAGCAAAGGCUCAGUUGAUUCGUGACUCUAAGAAGGACAUUGAGCUAUGCAUAACUGAGUUGCAGAAGAAUCCUUUGAACUACACCCAGGUAUCUGUCAUAGCUGAUGACAUUUUGAAAAAUGUUGAGUUUGAUGCUUUGAGAAUCGUCUUCAACAAGUUUCAGUCAGUCGUCUCAUUUCUGCCAACUGUGUCAACAGUAUUAUCUCCCGAGAUUGUGGAGAGAGAAUCUGAAGCUGGUGGAAAGCUUGGCGACUUAGAUUCCUAUGAGAUUGAAGGUGGUGAGACAAAGUCGGAGAUACUUCAGAAUUUGGCAGAGUUCCAAUUUUCAUGUGUCAUGUUCAAUGCGGUGUUGGAGAAUGCUUGCAGUGAGCAAGGAGCAAGGAUGUCUGCCAUGGACAGCUCAAGCAGAAAUGCCGGAGAGAUGCUUGAUCGCCUCACACUCACUUAUAACAGAACUCGUCAAGCAUCUAUUACUACCGAAUUGAUUGAGAUUAUAUCAGGAGCAUCAGCACUGGAGGGUUAAGUUCAUCUGACGGUGGCGAAAUAAAAUUGUGUUUUUGAAGGAACCAUGAAACACAAUUUUCUUCGAAGGAAGGUUCAUGCGUUCUCUUCUCUGAUAUUGUUUUUGGGAUCUCUUUUGCAAUAAUGUGUUUCUGCAAUAGCUUCGGUCGAGUUGUCAUGCUCGAUUUCAUGAACUUGUAUUCAUGUUUGCAUUCUCUCCUCGAUCGAAGCCAUGCGUAUAAUGUUUCCCAAAUGAGAUUUUGUUCGCGAUUUUAAACUUUGUAAGCCGAUUAUGUUCUUCCGGACCAUCCAAUUGGUGGAUUUGGUACAAAAAUGAUCAAUCGACAUUUCGACAAAA